AACCCACUGAGCCAACCAGGCACCCCAUAUAGUGUCCUUUGUUGAACAAACAAUUUUAAUCUUGGUGAAGCCCAGCUUAUGUGUUCUUUCUUUUGUUGCCUGUGCUUUUGGUGUCAUAUCUGAGCAAUCAUUGCCAAUUUUUAAACAGCCUGGUGGUGUUUAAACUACUCAGUGAAUGAUUUAAAGAACUGAAGUAAGUUAUUUCUAUUCUACGAUUUACUGUUAUAAUUAUGGAAGAUUUCAUCAUCAUCCAUUCAAUCCCAAACUUCUUCUGAAUCUUUAUUUUCCUGAUUACUGCCAAAUGCAUUCGAUUAUAAAUUGAAAGCAUGGAAAUAGCACAAUUGAUUAUGAUACAGUUUUUCCCCAUGAGGAAUAGUGAUCAAAAUUAUUGCCAAGUGCCUUUAUUAGGAAAAGAAAAUUCUUAACUGAUUAAAGGCUAUGCAUAUUAUAUAUCAACUAUUAAAUGGGUUUUCAACUUUUCUGCUUCAUUUUUUAAAAACACUGAAUUUCACUUCAGCACAUAUAAUAGAGUUCUAAAACUUCAAAGACAUUUUGCAUUCUGAAAAGGGUUCCUUGUGGUUAUAAUAUUCAUUUGAAAUUCAAAUAACUCCUUGGAAUUUGAAGCUAGCUAGGAGUUUUGUAUUUUUUAAAAAGAGAGAGAGAGAGAGACAGGGAAGAUCCCUGAUACCAUUGCUAAUUUAUACUGCUGUAAGAUGUGACACAUUUGUACCUAGAUAGGAGCAGCAAACACAUCUUCUGAAGUCAUCAGAUAAUACAUGCAUUCUCUAUAGUAAACAUCUUAGACAAUGUGUAAGAACUUAUUUUUAAACUCUUUUUGUUCUACUUUUAAACCAUUAUAUACUUUUUCCAGCAAGUAUUUUUCAAGAGCUCCUAAUUUUGUAAAGUAGAUGAUGUAGAUGAUCCAAUAGAAGCCUAAGACUUGGUCCUCUUCCCCCAACUUGCCAUCCAUCCGUCCCUAGAAAGUAACGAUGCACAAGACAGUAUAAAAGAAGAAAUACAAGCAUUUACCAUGUAGAGUCUCAGAAAGUAAGGACGGACUGCAGUGGUAUGAACAGGUCUCAAGGAGGUGGACCUCAGCAGGCCAGGAAGGUGAAGUAGGCUGGAUGGACCGAGGAAGGGCCUGUUCUCUCUAGGCGAGAGGGGAGAUAGGAGCCAAAGUGUGACAGACUGGAGAAUGUUGUGUGCUGGGUACCGGAGGUAGAGGGUACAUUAAAUAGGCUGCGGCCAGUUGUCAGGGCAGAAAGAGGACAGAUUAUGGGGAGCUGGUGUGGAGUUUUAUAUUCAAUGCAGCUGACUGCGGAGAAACACUGAGUUCUUGAUCAAAGGAGUGGUGGGAAGAUGUAGUCUCUCUCCAUGGAGAUCACAGAACUUUAGAAGUAAAGGGAUUUUGAAAACAUCUUAUUCAACAUCUUCUUGUUUCCUGAAGCCAGGGAACUGAAAUAACUUGCUCAGAGUCACCCAUUAGAAAAUAGCAGAUCUGAUUCUCAAACACAUCCUUUCUUCCAAGGCCAGCGAUCUUUCCUUCAUUUCACCCUCCUCCAGAAUAUAGGCAGAGAAAGGAAUGAGGGAGACCAGAUGGGCAACAAUUGUGAAGUCCACACUUGAGGCAAUCAAUGAACACCAUGAUCAGAGGCGUUGCUGAGGAAAGUCGACUGAAAGGGCAAAUAAGAAGCACCCUAGUGAGAAAAAGUCAGAACCUGAUUCACCUGUUGGGAGUUUUGCUAGCCAUUUUAGGAAAUUUGGUAGUGAGUAUUUCCCUAAAUAUUCAGAAAUAUUCUCAUGUCCAGUUGGCGCACCAGGAACACCCAAGGCCCUACUUCAAGAGCGCGUUGUGGUGGGUUGGGGCUGCCCUCAUGGCUGUGGGCGAGAUGGGCAACUUCGCCGCCUACGGAUUUGCUCCCAUUACUCUCAUCGCCCCAUUAGGCUGUAUGUCUGUCACAGGUAGCGCCAUUAUUUCUGUUAUGUUUCUGAAAGAAAACUUAAGAGCUUCAGAUUUACUAGGUAUGACAUUGGCAUUUGCGGGAACAUAUUUAUUGGUGAACUUUGCUCCAGAUAGAAAUCAGUCUAUCUCUGCAAGAACAGUCCAGUAUUACUUUGUUGGCUGGCAGUUCCUGAUCUAUGUGAUUUUAGAAAUAUUAAUUUUCUGCACUCUGCUGUAUUUCCAUAAGAGAAAGGGAAUGAAGCACAUGGUGAUUCUGCUAACCCUGGUGGCACUUCUAGCCUCGCUGACUGUUAUUUCAGUAAAAGCCGUCUCGGGCAUGAUCACUUUUUCUGUGACGGAGAAAAUGCAGCUAACUUACCCCAUCUUCUAUAUCAUGUUUAUCAUCAUGAUCGCGUCUUGUGUUUUCCAAGUCAAGUUCCUGAGUCAAGCCACGAAGCUCUAUGACACAACGAUGGUGGUGCCGGUCAACCAUCUUUUCUUUACGACCAGUGCCAUUACUGCAGGUAUCAUAUUUUAUCAGGAGUUCCAUGGUGCAGCUUUUCUAACUGUAUUUAUAUAUAUUUUUGGGUGUUUUCUAUCAUUCCUCGGUGUGUUUUUGGUCACAAGAAAUCGAGAAAAGGAGCAUCUGCCACAGUCCUACAUUGAUUUUGGAAAUAUUCCGGGGAAACAAAUGUUGGACAAAAUACAGCCAGAUUCAAAUGGCUUAUCCUACGGAACCCUGCCUGAUGGAAGUGACUCAACAAAGAGCCAAAGUGGAGAGAAGAAAGAGGUCUGAGCUGCUGAGAGGGAUGCCACUGGCCUGUUAUUCGAUCCCACCUUUAAAAACCCUCCCCUUGUGUCCCAGCUAGGUCGCGCUGAUGUGCACAAGCAUCACCAUCCCCGGGCCCUCGACCCCACCUCCGUCUGCACGGACAGCUGGGGCCUUCCUAAGCUUUGACAGUCUCAUGUCUUCACAGAAGGGGAUUUGAAGUGUUUCCACACUCUGGAUGCCCCCCCUCGUGAACAUCGACCCAGCUAGAUCUUAAUUAGAGCCUGGCUUCCUGAGCAGGACCGUCACACAAAAAUGUGCGUUCACGAUUUGGCUACAGAACGCGCACAGGCUGCUUUUCCCACACGACUUCGAGCGUCGGCUGCUUGGCUUUAAAGAGUCCCGUUCAUCCUCCAACCUCGCUCCAGUACCACAGGUUUGAGAGGAUCCGUUUCUCCUGCGACAUCUUUUAUGAGCCUUCGCCGUAAGGAUCUCACCUUUCUAGUCCUGAGUUAGAAUGGUGAAUCAUCUUUUUCUGAAAAUGAGCCCUGUUCUAACUGCCCUUUGAAAAUUAAGACUGUCUUUAAAAUGAGAGUCUGUAAGUGGCCUUCCGUGAUGUGUAUAUCUUGACUGGUGAACUUUUUCAAAUGAAGAAGGGAACAGUUUAAGAAUUAAGACCAGUUUUUCAAAAAAUAUAGAAUGAUGAGCAUUUUCUUCAGCUACAUGAUCUGAUCAUACUUGAAUUGAGACUGAAAACUUCAUCUCCCAUGCCGGUAUUUCUGUGGGUCUUAUGACUUACCUAGCAGGUUUAUUGUAUGUUUUAACUCUUGACGCAAGUCUCAGAAAUUGUAUUUAAGUUCUAAGUGUUAUUUUCACGAGCACACCAUUUCCUCCCCCAAGUUAUUAUCCCAAGCUUUAUAAAUUCUUCUCGGCAAGAGUACAGCUAUGAGUAGAGAAUUGGAUUUUAGCCAUUUAAGUCUGUAGAUGUAGCCAGAUGGCCCAACCUGCGUCUAGAGAGGAAGGCCAUGUGCUCCUGGACCUGAAUGGCUUUUCUUCUGUGACUGGUCACUUAUCUACCAAGAUUCAUUUGCAGAUAGAGUUCAUAAUCCUAUAUGUUAGUUAUGAUCUACUAAUAUAUUUAAAUGACAAGAAAAGAACUAGCCUUUACGGUAAACAACAUCAAGUCAGAAGCCCUAUCCUUAAAGACAUGUCAAAAGCUUCCCCUCACUUCUGAUGUGCCAGUCCAAGGCUCUUCCAACCAGCUGUCUUGCAUUUGUGAAGGUUGUAUAACUCAGAGCUAUUGAGACUGUAAUCUUAACUGCUUUGGGUCUUUGAGCGUUGUUCUUUGUCAUAACCUAUAGUGCUGGCCAAACUGAGCCACAAAGGCGAGAUUUGAAUCCAUCGCCAAUGUAUGAAUAAUAACCUAGAGCCCAUGUCUGGCUUUUGAACUCCACUAUUGUGGAAUGUAUCCCCUAAUUCAAAUAAAGCAGUCCUAUAAUGUAUGGCAUGUUUUACUGAAUUGGUCCAACAUGUUGGCACCAGAAGGCUCUGCUAAGAAAUGCGUCUGGUGUCUUAAACUGCAGAUUUUUGAUGACUCUCAAAACUGGUUUCAAAGAUGGCAAAAAUAUUUAGACUAAAGAGUUUCACUUGAAGUAGGACUACACUUAUAGCUACAGCACGUGGUUUUGAGCAUUGUAGAAUUUUGUGCAGACACAAGCGUGAUGCCAAUAUUUUAGUAGUUGCCAACAUUUGCAUCUUUUAAAAAGUUUUGAGAAAAGACAUCGACUUACGCACUUUUAAGCAAUCCAGCAGUGUUUUAGAAGUCCAGGCAACAUAUAAAAUACACUGAGACCUAAUUUUACUUUCCAUACUGUUUCUUCAAAGCAAGGUGAAGAGGAGUUUUAGUUGUACUAGCUCGUAAGAUUUUUUAAAUUACAAAGUGCAUGACAACCACCAAAGCCAACCCCGUACUUCUCUUGGCAUUGUGAAUUGGGGACCUUUAGCCAAUAACUUGACUCAUUGGACUAUUUGUCUAGACGAGGGGUCUGCAAAAUUUUCCUGUAAAGACACACAGAAUAAAUAUUUUUAGGUUUAUUGGCCAGUGUUGCCUGUCACAACUACUCAACUCUGCCAUUCUAGCAUGAAAGCCAACACGGCCGAUAUGUAAACGAAUGAGCAUGGCUGUAGGCCAGUAAAGUUUUAUUUACAAAAACAGGUGGUCAGCCCUAGGACUGUAGUGUGCCAAUCCCUGAUCUAGAUUCCUUUGCUCUUGCCAUGCAAUUUUGUUCUUGCUCCUUGGGCAUUCAGGAGUUGAAAAGGUGACACUUCAUGAUUCAUGACAAACAAGGAUGCUAUGGGAUUGUGGUGCUGUGUCUUGAUAUUUACAUUAGGAUCUUGUUGUUUACAUAAGAUACAGAUGGAAGUGAUGAGCUUGUUUCUCUUGUAAACAAUAGUUCAGAGGUACCUGGGUGUCUCAGUCGGUUAGGUGUCUGCCUUUGGCUCUGGGCAUGAUCCCAGGGUCCUGGGAUGGAGCCCCAUGUCGGGCUCCCUGCUCAGCGGAUGGGGAAGCCGCUUCUCCAUCUUCUCCCUGCUCAUGCUCUCUCUCAAACAAAUAAAUAAAAUCUUUAAAAAAAAAAAAAAAAGCAGUGAUUCUUUUCUGAGCACCCUUGCCUAUAUUGGAAGAGCUUUUCCAAGCCCACAUUCCAAGUUGAUAAUAGCUUCGGAAGUGAGUACUAAUGACCUCUCAUUAAAGCAGAGGACUUUACUACCCAAUUGUUUUCAGUUUAAGUGUUUGCUUAUUCUAUACCCAUAAUACUUUCACUACCAGAAUCACUUGGAGAAAAAAAAAAAACACAAUAAAAACUUCUCAAGCGGUGACUCAGAAUGUAUUUUUCAACACCCCCUUGCCACCCCCACAAGCUCCUGGAAAUUCUGUUUCGUGGCAGAGAAAGACUGGGCAAGGACAGAUUUCAUAGAUUAUUGCAAUUUCAGUGCUUUUGAAGAGUAAUGGAGAUGAUGUGCAGGUCUGGCUCUGAAAGGAGCAGGUGUAAUGGUGGACACGACUCAAAGGGGAUUGAAACCCUGAGCCACAUUCCUGAAAGCCAAGAACCCUCGUUACGCUCACUCCUCGUUUCCAAGCACACAGCUCAUCCAGGAGUGUAUACGCUCCGCCACACUCAAGGCUGCUUCAUACUUGCCAAUUUAAUAAUGAUCUUGUGGACAUAAAUAUAGCAGUUACUAAAAUGAACCUUCCCAACACCCCUCCAGACUGCUUUACUUAAAUUCCAUGGCUAGUUAUAGGGACAGUCCUUGCACCGGGCAACCACAAUCGUCACACACGUGUCUGGCACUGGUGGCUAUGAGUGCUUCCGUGAGGUUGCUAGAUAAACACCACGCAUUUUAAACUUUUCAAAUAAGAUCUCAGAAUUGAACCUACCACGAUUGUGUGGGAAGUUUAGGAGCUGUUUCUAAUCGUUAGACUCAUCAACAGUCUGCCUCUUAUUAUGGCCAUCUUGAAAUU